AUGAAGAAGUACGAGAAGCUGGAGAAGGUCGGGGAGGGCACCUACGGCAAGGUGUACAAGGCGCAGGACAAGGCGAUGGGCCAGGUGGUGGCGCUCAAGAAGACCCGCCUGGAGAUGGACAAGACGACGAAGGGAUCCCGACCACUGAUACCAACCACCGCGCUGCGUGAGAUCUCCUUCCUCCGCCUCCUCUCCAGCUCCCUCUACAUCAUCCGCCUCCUCGCCGUCGAGCAGGCCACCAAGGGCGGCGGCGCUGGCGGUGGAGGGAAGCCCGUCCUCUACCUCGUCUUCGAGUUCCUUGACACUGACCUCAAGAAGUUUGUCGACGCCUACUGCCGUGGGCCUGCCCCUAAGCCGCUCCCAACUCAGGUCGUCAAGAGUUUUUUGUAUCAGUUAUGCAAAGGAAUUGCACACUGCCAUGGCCAUGGUGUCCUUCAUCGGGAUUUAAAGCCCCAAAAUCUAUUGGUUGACAAGGAGAAGAUGAUACUGAAAAUUGCAGAUCUUGGGUUAAGUAGAGCUUUUACUGUUCCUAUGAAAAGCAGAUCUUGGGUCAAUGUACAGCGACGGUGCUGCUGCACUUGUGCUAGUCAGUGGGGAGAAAGCUAGAACCUUGGUCUUCAAGUUCUUGCAAGGACCAGAGGGUAUGCUGAUGCUGCACAGGAGGGGACCCGGCCUUCUUCAUGUCUUGUGGCAGUGUCUUCCUUUGAUUCAUUUGUGCAACAAAGAGGGGACCUGGCCUUCUUCACGUCUCGUGCAAAAAGUAAGGACUAGCCUCCGGCUGUUACUAUUGAUGCAUGUGCAUGUGCUAAAAAGAAAGAAAAUACCCUACCGGAUUUGAACGCUGAUGCGUACUAACAAGUUUUCACUUUCCCGAC